CGGAGAGCAUUACGGGAUUGGCUGGGAUGGGUGGGAGCAGUUCCAAUCAGUAAGCAGCGCGCGGAGGUUCUGGGCGCGGAGCCGCGACUCCGGUAGGCUGAGGAGACCUGAAUUUGCGGCCCUGCGGUGUUUCUCUUAUAAGGCUAAGAAAAUUACAAGGCACAUGUCAGUGAAUCAGCAAGAUCUAGAUCCAGAUAGUACCACAGAUGUGGAAGAUGUUACAGAUGCUGAAGAAGAACUCAUUAAAAAAUGUGAAGAAAUGUGGAAAGAUAUGGAAGAAUGUCAGAACAAGUUAUCGCUUGUUGGAACUGAGACACUCACUGAUUCAAAUGCUCAGCUGUCUUUAUUAAUUAUGCAAGUGAAAUGUUUGACUGCUGAACUCAGUCAAUGGCAGAAAGAAACUCCUGAAAUGAUUCCAUUGAAUGAAGAAGUUCUGGUAACAUUGGGAAAAGAAGAGUUCCAAAAAUUGAGACAUGAUCUUGAAUUGGUACUAUCUACUAUUAAGUCAAAGAAUGAAAAGUUAAAAGAAGAUUUGGAAAGGGAGCAAAAAUGGCUGGAUGAACAGCAACAGAUAUUGGAAUCUCUUAAUGUAGUACACAGUGAAUUGAAACAGCAGGUCGUGACAUUUUCUGAAUCAAGAGUCUUUAAUGAGUUGAAAACGAAAAUGCGUGAUAUAAAAGAAUAUAAGGAGAAACUCUUGGUUACCUUGGGUGAGUUUCUAGAAGACCAUUUUCCUCUGCCUGAUAGAAGUGUUAAAAAGAAAAAGAAAAACACUCAAGAAUCAAUGGCACAACUGAUAACACUGCAUGAAAUCUUAGAGAUUCUUUUAAAUAGAUUAUUUGAUGUUCCACAUGACCCUUAUGUCAAAAUUAGUGAUUCUUUUUGGCCACCUUAUAUCGAGCUACUUCUGCGUAAUGGAAUUGCCUUGAGACAUCCAGAAGAUCCAACCCGAAUAAGAUUAGAAGCCUUCCAUCAAUAAAAAGAUGGUUUUUUUUCCCCACAUAGUACUUAAAGAAUCUUGUCAUUCAAGGAUAAUGGAAACACUGAAAAUUACUUGGCUAACAAACAUUAUUUGCAAAUCAAAAUACACAGUCCUUCUUCUUAUGCUUAAAAUGACUCAUGCUGCCAUUUAAUAUUCAUUUAAAAAUGGUUCUUUCACAGUCAGUCAGUGCUUUGGUGGUUUCAACUGGAUGGACAAGAAUGCAAGUAAAAAAUAUUCUAGACUUAAUCAUUAUAAAACUUUAAAUGUACCUUAAUUCUGCAAUAUUCUUUGGAAAAUUCAUUGUUAAUUUAUAAUAUUGCUAAUGUAAUAUUUUUCUUUUAAAAUUUAUGACAGUUUCUUUUAUGCAUUUUGAGUUACAUAUGCAAUGUUUACAUUCUUUUUAUUUAGAAAUUAUAUUGGAUAGGUCAUUUAAUUUGCAGGAGGUUUAAAAAUUGACGUAAUGUCUUAUGUAGAAAGAACCAUAAUUAAAAAGUAUUUAGUAAAUAUGUUUCAUGUAUACUGCCAUAUUUCUAGAUUUCUUAAAUAAUUGGAAUAUAAAGAAACUAAUGGAUAAAGGUAGUAUGAAAACCAUAUGUAAUGUAUAUUAUAAGUAAUAUUAUAUAUAAACCAUUCUUGAUUCUGUUAAUUAUUACUAACAAAAUGGUGUUCAUAAAAUUUUAUUAAUACUCUUCGGCCUUUUUGUAAAUAAAAUCCUCAUUUAAAAAUC